AUGGAUAUCAAAGAGAUAACGACGGGUGACAGUGAAGUGUAUGGUACUGUUGGCACGGAGGUGGGAGCCAGUGUUGGUGCGAGUGCAGAGGUAAGUGCAGAGGCUAAGGAUGAGACUACGGAGGUGUUUGAGAAGAUAAAGACGCACUUCCCACCUGCGAAGGUGAAGAAGAUAAUGCAGUCGGACGAGGACAUAGGUAAAGUAUCGCAGGCGACACCCGUGAUAACUGGCCGCUCGCUGGAGUUCUUCAUGGCGUUGCUGGUCAAGAAGAGCGGGGACAUGGCCAGACAGAGAGGCAUGAAGAGGAUCACCGCAGAUGUGCUGAGAGACACAAUACUCGAGGACGAGCGCUUCGACUUCCUGCGAGAGAGCAUAUGCGCCGGGUACAAGGGCUACAAAGAAGACGAAGAGAAAGAAUAG